CAUUCCACACACACUUAUUUAUUUACAUGUCGGGUUUACACAGAAUAAAACAAGUGGACGAUUGGUUCCUCAGUGAUGAUAUCUGCUGCUCUAACUGCUGCUGCUGUGUGUUUACAGCCGACUGUGUGUCGCAGACGGUCCGUCAUCAUGGAGUGAAGGGUUUAUAUCGAGGCCUGAGCUCAUUACUGUACGGCUCCAUCCCUAAAUCUGCAGCCAGGUUUGGAGUGUUUGAGAUCCUCAGUAACCAGAUGAAGGAUGAGUCUGGAAAACUGGACAGCACUCGAGGUCUGCUGUGUGGUUUGGGUGCAGGAGUGAUGGAGGCCGUGCUGGUCGUCUGUCCCAUGGAGACUGUAAAGGUGAAAUUCAUCCAUGAUCAAACUUCAGCAAACCCCAAAUACCGAGGGUUUUUCCACGGCGUGCGGGAAAUCAUCAGAACUCAAGGAAUCAGAGGGACGUAUCAGGGUCUGACUGCAACCGUCCUCAAGCAGGGAUCCAAUCAGGCGAUACGUUUUUUCGUCAUGACCUCGCUCAGAAAUUGGUAUAAAGGAGAUAAUCCUAAUAAGUCCAUCAACCCUGUGGUCACAGGCACGUUUGGUGCCAUUGCUGGAGCGGCGAGUGUGUUUGGAAACACACCACUGGACGUCAUCAAGACCAGAAUGCAGGGUUUGGAAGCUCACAAGUAUAAAAACACGAUGGAUUGUGCCAUGAAAAUCAUGCGGCACGAGGGACCAGCAGCGUUUUAUAAAGGCACCGUGCCGCGUUUGGGUCGAGUGUGUCUGGAUGUGGCCAUCGUCUUCAUCAUCUAUGAGGAGGUGGUGAAGAUCCUUAAUAAAGCCUGGAAGACAGACUGAAGAAGAAGAAAGAGGAGGAAGAAGAUAAACGAGAAGAAGAGUAGAAGACAUGUCACAGUGUGAACGUUCGAUUUCAUAUUAGUUCUGCAUUCAGACAUCCUCUAAUUAUUUUAAUAAUAUUUACUAGAGCUGGGAAAAAGAUUAAUCGCAUCCAAAAUAGUUGGU